AUGGGCACUAAAGAUGUUCGCCUUGAUCCUCUAUUGAAUAAAGAAAUUUGGAAGCAGGGCAUUAAGAGCGUCCCUCAUCGUAUGCGUCUUCGCCUUUCACGCCGUCGUAAUGAUGAAGAAGAUGCCAAAGAAAAAUUAUACACUCACGUUACCUAUGUCCCUACAACAUCAUUUAAAGAAGUGGAUCAAUGA